AUGGCACAUCCUGAUGAUGAAAAGACAUAUGAGAACCCAGAUAUGGUGUCGGAGAAGCCAAUCGACAAGUCCGAUGAAAAGCCAAGCGAAAAGCCAGACUCUGCACGCUCUCCAAAGGAUAUCGAGCCUGGAGAUGUCACCUACAACUCAAAACUGGAGGAAUUUGAGGACCCGGAUGCGGGGCUGAGCGAGGAGGAACGGGCUAAGAUUGACCGUAAAUUGCUUUGGAAACUUGACUUGCAAUUGGUUCCCUGGCUGAGUUUGCUCUAUCUCAUCUCCUUCCUUGACCGAACGAAUAUAGGCAAUGCCAAGCUCGUUGGACUGGAGGAUGAUCUCAACAUGACCGACAACCAAUACAAUGCAGCGCUCACUAUUUUCUUCGUCUCGUAUUCGGUUUUCGAGCCAUUGACCAACGUGUUACUCAAGCGAACAACGCCGAAGAUCUUUAUUCCCAUCUGCAUGAUGCUGUGGGGAAUCUGCAUGACCUGCAUGGGUCUCGUUCACAACUAUGCCGGAAUCAUGGCCGCGCGAUUCUUCCUCGGUCUUUCGGAAUCCGCCCUAUUCCCUGGUAUUGGAUACUUCCUCUCCUGCUGGUAUAAACGGUCGGAAUUCGGUGUCCGGAUGGCCAUUUUCUUUUCUUCGGCUGCCCUUGCUGGAUCCUUCGGUGGUCUUCUGGCCGCUGCGAUUGGCAGAAUGGAUGGAAUUGGUGGAAAAUCGGGUUGGUCGUGGAUCUUCAUUCUGGAAGGUCUGGCGACCAUCCUUAUCGGUAUCGUGUCGUUCUGGAUGAUCCAUGACUUUCCCGACAAGGCCAGGUUCUUGUCGGACGCUGACAAGAAGCGCGUCCUCCGCCGUCUUGCUGCCGACCAGCAGGGUAGUGCUGAGCGUGAAGAGCUCAAGUGGGAUUACUUCUGGGCCAGUAUCAAGGAUUACAAAACGUACCUCUUUGCCAUUAUCUACAUGGGUUCCGACAGCACGUUGUAUGCGUUUUCCCUGUUUGUUCCGACUAUCAUCAACCAGCUAGGUAAUAACAUCUUUACUCACCCUCAACCCGUGGGAUACACCGAAAUCAAAGCUCAACUUCUCAGUGUCCCACCAUACGCAGCAGCAGCCAUUUUAACCGUCGCAGUCGGAUUCAUUGCCGAUCGCACGAAACAGCGUGGACUUUGCAACAUAUUCACAUCUUUCAUAGGCAUUGCAGGUUUCUGCAUGCUCAUCGGCUCCAAUUCACCCGGUGUUCAAUAUGCAGGGACAUUCCUAGGUGCCAUGGGUAUCUACCCUUGUGUCGCUAAUACAAUCACCUGGUGUAGUAACAACACUGAGGGUGUCUACAAACGAGGCGUAACCCUGGGGAUCGUCAUCGGUUGGGGAAACCUCAACGGAGUUGUCGCUUCCAACAUCUACCGCGGCCAAGACAAACCCACCUAUUACCCCGGCCACGGUGUCGUUCUCGGAUAUCUCGUGAUAUUCCUGCUCAUAUGUUCCACGUUGCAGUAUUACCUUUUAAUACGGGAGAACCGCAAGCGUCGUCGUGGAGACCGUGACCACUGGGUUGAGGGACUGACUCCUAGUCAGAUUUCAGCCCUAGGUGAUAAGAGGCCAGAUUUUAUAUACACUCUGUGA